AUGUCCUCACUUUCAAAUGGUCCCGGGGUCAUCGUUCCAGCACCCCAGCCCUUGAAGCCAGAAGACCGUGACGCAGCGCUGAGGCUUUUUGAUAGUAUCGUCGAGCAAUUCGAACCUUCGCAGGCAACCGAGAAAGGCUUGAAAUCAGUUUCUCUUAUUCGACUUAUGAAAGAGGAGGUUUCCGAUAAAGAUAGCUUUCUCGAACUCUUCUUCCAUUUCAUUGAACAACAUUUAGGUGGUGUCUCGCUCGAUGCAGAGCCCUCCAUUGCUCACAUUUUAACUCGUUUGGACAAUUUCAGUACAUGGACCACCUAG